UCAGCACCGACAAACCGGUGCCACAAACCGUUUACGUACACUUCCAAAUUAAGUUGUCCGAAGAGAACCUCGCCGUGUGUAAUUCUCUUUUUUCUCUUCCUCUCAAUAACAAAAAACCAAAUUCAUUUAUUUGCAAAUUUUUUUUUUUCAAAUACAAAAAAAAAAUAGUGUAAUUAAUUGGUUUUUUUUCAUUGGUGAUCAAUUAUUUUGUACGAAAAAAUGUACUUUCGGGUGUGUUACGUGUGUAAAUAAAAUAGUGUUUUGAAAAAUUCGGGACGAAAACUCGAGUGUUUUUUGGGGGAAAAAUUUUUGAGUGGAGUGACAUAUAAGCAGACACAUAACGAUUUGUAGUCACUUUAUUUUCUGAAUGUUUUGCAAUUGAUAAUAAAUUUUAUCAUUUGCCAAAAGUGUGGUGAUUAUUUCCUCAAAGUUACAAGGAAAUUUCUUUUUUUUUUUGAAUUAGGCGAGACGCAAGUCUCAAACACGGCAGCACAAUUGAUCUUGAUUUGCAUCAACGGGCCGCCGGCCACUUUAUGAGAGCCGGCGGCAAUAUGUGCGACGGUGCCUUCUCGGAGACACUUCGUGGCAUGCAGGGAAUGUCGGGGGCUUCACCCCCAGGAAGUGCGGGCGUGGGUCCAAUGGGGGUUGGCCUAGGCAGCCCUUUGGGAGCGGCUAAGAAAAUGCAGGUGGACCAUAUAAAAAGACCGAUGAACGCUUUUAUGGUUUGGUCGCGACUUCAACGUAGAAAGAUCGCCCACGAGAAUCCAAAGAUGCACAACAGCGAGAUUUCAAAGAGACUCGGCGCUGAAUGGAAACUGUUAUCCGAAGACGACAAGCGACCUUUUAUCGACGAGGCAAAGAGGUUACGAGCCAUGCACAUGAAGGAGCAUCCGGAUUACAAGUAUCGACCCAGAAGAAAGCCAAAGACUCUCAGGAAAGAAGGCUACCCCUACAGCAUCCCCUAUCCCAGUGUGCCAAUGGAUGCACUCAGAGCCGGAAUGGCUGGAGGAAUGGGUCAACCAGGAAUGAGUUCGUAUUAUGGACCAGCCGCAUAUGGUUCUCUUUCAGCGGCCAGUAUGGCAGCCGCUGCGGCUGCAGCAGCACAACAAUCAGCUGCAGCAAUGUCUGGACUCGGAGCGCCAUCGCAGGUCGUGAGCUCCAUGGACGCAAUGAAGUACUCAAUGGAGGCGGACAAAUAUCGAGCCUACAUGCCACCCAGUACACUUGCAAUGAGCAUGUACUCGGAUCCAAAAUAUUUGGACUCGAGUCCAAAGUCAUAUCUCGAUCGUAGUUAUUUGGAUUCGGCGAAAGCAUAUUUUGAACAAUCGAAAUUGUACAUGGAUCAGAAGCCAAGUAUCUCUGAAUAUAACCGUCCAAGUUAUGAGCCGAAUAAAAUUUACGAUGAAUCGAGUCCUGGCGGUGGUGGUGGCGGUGGAUCAAUGAGUAGAUCACCCGCGGCCGAUUCGCCCGAUAAUAAUAAGCACGCGAACGACGGAAGAACGGAUCAGGGUUCAUCGAGUGCAAGUUCAACGUCAAAUUCAUCGGCCGCGAGUCCCGGCGCUAAUAGUCUGCCUGCCUAUUAUCCGGGACCAGUUCAAGCCGGUGGAUUAUUGGCACCGCAAAUGGGACAGUACGCCGGCUAUCAAACAUCGCCAGCGCCUGGAAAUGAAUUCCGUCGGCCAUUAACCGUCAUCUUCUGACCCGAUAGAGUCUAGCUUUAAUCUCUUUUUUUUUUGGCAGAAAAAGAAAAACAUUGUCGUCGUCGUCGU